AUGAAAGGAUCGAAAUCCCACUUCUCACAUCCACUUACUCUCCCAAGAAGUCCAUCAACCAAGCUCAAAUGCAGCAGUUUAACCAGAACAAAAUCUCCUAAUAUAAUUUCUACUAUAAACCCGUCAUUAACUCUCACAUCGUAUAAAUACAAGCUCCGAGCCUUAAAAAGAGCGAAAAGCCCAGGCUUAAAUAUUUCCAAAACUUCUAUAAAUCCCCAGAAAUCAGUUUUCUAUUCUCCAAAAUCUGCCUGCCAAACAAGUGAAGCAUUAAUAACUUCUCCUUAUUUAUCGAGAUUAUACGAAAAUGAUUCUGAAAAUAGUUUUGAGUCAACCAAUACUUGCCUGCGUACAAACUUAGACAAUUAUCCAAAGUCACCUGACAUGAUCACAUCGGGGAUCUUUUCAAGAUUGGAAGACCAAAUCCCCUAUAAUUCUCGAUCAGUCCAAAGUUUUGAAAGCAAAUUCACAUCAAGUCCUCAAGCCUUCACAUCUCUUAAAGAGGAAAUUUUAAGCGCGAAAGAAAUAUUUCAGACUGAAAUCCAAGCAAUUAGAAAUGAUAUGAAAAAUAUAAAAAUUGGGGUUAUUAAUAAAUAUAGGGAAAGAGAAGAGCAAAGCACAAGUGGAAGUGAAAGGCUGGAAAUGGAAAAUUUGUAUAUACAAAAAAUAAAAAAUAACCAGAAAAAGAUUGAUAUGCUGAAGAAAGAAAAUGAGGUGCUUAAAGCAAAGCUAAACCAGCAAGAAUUAUUUUCGGAAGAAGAGAGUAAAAGUAAAAAAAGUAGGAGACUACAAAAAAAAUUAGAAGUGAUACAAAACUCUAUUGAUAAAGAAUAUGUAUAA